CAUGUGAAGCCAUCAGUGAUUAAUAUUUCAGGAAAGGUGGAACCAAAACGAAACACUCCCCGCAAUAAGUGUAAAAAGCAACCAGCUAAAGUUCCCCCUUCAACUGCCACUGUUCCUGAGCCUCCAAAAAUCAACCCGAAAUCAUUUCCAGUGAUCAUAGGAAGGGUCCUGCUAAAAACCAAUGACCCACCUGCAACUGUGCCGAAAAUAAAUUUAGCUGACUUUGAGCAGAAUCUUUGCUUAUUAUCCCUAGAAAAGUCAGCUUCCAGAAAACGAGUUUACCACAUGUUCAUAUCCAAUGAAAAGGAAAUGGAAAAUGACUGGCUAAAAGUGCGAAAAAUGUACGAGAAUAGAAAAGACAUCAAGAUUGUGGACCAGAUGAUAUUAUACACCCUCUGUGCGCGAUCAUUGUAUCACAGAGUCCAAAAUAAAUUAACCGAUGUCAAGUGGAACAAGCAGCGCAAUAUUUUCGAGACUGAAAAGAUCGGAGAAAAGGAUAUUUGGGAACUUUCUCAAAAAUUAUAUGAGUUAGAAAACGAGGAAAGGGCAAAGCUAUUCAAUUAUGCAAAGUUUCUUAGCUCCACGAAUAGCUGAAUAGCAAUACUCCUUUUAGUUUUAAAUACUAUAUCUUUAAAAAAU